AAACAAGAUUAGAAUACAGAUAUAUAUUCUUGUCCAAAUCCCCAAAAGGAAAAAAAAAAAAUGGGAGGCAAUUUAUCCAACAUGGAGCAUGGUCAUACAUCAGCAAAGUCAUUAUCAUCUCACAUUCUUACCUUCCAUUCCACUGCUAAAUGGAAGGCUUACUUUGAUGCCUCCAAAGAAACUAACAAGCUGAUGGUUAUUGAAUUUACGGCUGCAUGGUGUGGACCUUGCAAAUACAUGGAUCCAAUCAUUCAAGACUUUGCUGCAAAAUACAUCAAAGUAGAUUUCAUCAAGAUUGACGUGGAUGAAUUAAUGAGUAUCUCUCAAGAGUUUCAAGUGCAAGCAAUGCCAACAUUCAUACUGAUGAAGAAAGGAAAAGUUGUUGACAAGGUUGUAGGGGCAAAAAAGGAAGAGCUUGAAAAGUUGAUUGAGAAGCAUCAAAACUAAGCCUCUAAUCUUGCAUGUGAUCAUAAAGAACAUGAAUAAGGAUAAAUUAUUCGAUUUAUCUCCUUUCAUACCACAUUUACAUGUUGGUAUGACUUAGAUUGAAACUUUUUCUUUUCCAAAUGGUUUUUGACGUGCAAAGCGUUUUUUUUUGUAACUUUAAGCGAGAUUUUUUUUGAAUUUAUAUGUACUACAAGUGUAAAUUUUUUACACAUGAUUUAAUUGAAUUUCACCAUGACAUGAUAUUAGGUAUGAA